AUGGUGAAAUCUCGUAAAAGAAAGCAUGUUGAAACAGUAACAGUUGAACCAAAUCCACUUCCUUCGGUUAGACAUUCAGAUGAACCAUUAGAGAAAAAGAGAAAAUGGGUGAACAAGCAGAGGGUAUUGAUUUUUGCUUCGAGAGGUAUUAAUCAUAGGGACAGACAUCUAAUGGAAGAUUUAAAAAAAUUGAUGCCACACCAUAAACCAGAAGCAAAAAUGGAAAGGUCAAAAACAUUAUCUGUCAUAAAUGAAAUGUGUGAAAUGAAGAACUGCAACAAAGCUGUGAUGUUUGAAGGUAGAAAGAAACGUGACUUAUACAUGUGGUUGUCCAACAUUCCAAAUGGGCCUAGUGUGAAGUUCCUGGUAGAAAAUGUGUACACUAUGAAUGAACUGAAGCUAACUGGAAAUUGCCUCAGGGGAUCACGACCUCUACUCAGUUUUGAUCCUGCUUUCACAGAGAAGUCACAUUAUGUUUUACUGAAAGAACUGUUGACUCAGAUUUUUGGAGUUCCAAAACAUCAUCCAAAAAGUCAGCCAUUUUUUGACCAUGUGUACACCUUCAACAUUCUAGAUAACAGGAUAUGGUUCAGAAAUUUUCAAAUUCUUUCUGAAGAUGGAGCUUUAGCAGAAGUUGGGCCCAGAUUCGUUUUGAAUCCUGUCAAAAUUUUUUCUGGUAGUUUUGGUGGAGUACCUUUAUGGUCAAAUCCUUCCUAUGUUAGUCCAGCCAAAUAUCAGUUGCAAGUUAGACUGGCAGCAAAGAAUAAGUAUGUCAAUAGAAUAGAGCAGAAAGCUCAUGCAGAAAUCACAAGACCAAAAGAUAGCUAUAAAUUGACACCUCUGGAGGAAGUAUUCAAAGGAGAUCCAUUAGAAGUGGCACUCAAUUUGGAAAAUGCCAAGAAUGAUGAAGCUGUAAAAAAUACACAGAAUAAGGUUGAAAAAGUCAAGCAGAAGAUGAAGAAAUCUAAGUUGAAGAAGGUAUCAAAAGUAAAGAAAUGA